AUGUCCCGGCUGCUGCCGCUGCUGAGGGGCCGGAGCGCGCGCAGCCUGAGGCCCGGCCCGGCCGCCGCUGCCGCGCCGCGCCCGCCAUCCUGGUGCUGCUGCGGCCGGGGGCUUCUGGCCCUCUCCGGUCCCCGGGGACUGGGCACCCACCCCAAGAAGGAGCCCAUGGAGGCGCUGAACACGGCGCAGGGCGCGCGCGACUUCAUCUACAGCCUGCACUCCACCGAGAGGAGCUGCCUGCUCAAGGAGCUGCACCGCUUCGAGUCCAUAGCCAUCGCGCAAGAAAAAUUGGAAGCUCCACCACCCACCACAGGACAGCUGAGAUAUGUAUUCAUCCACAAUGCGAUACCUUUCGUAGGGUUUGGCUUUUUGGAUAAUGCAAUUAUGAUUGUUGCAGGAACCCAAAUUGAGAUGUCUAUUGGAAUUAUUUUGGGAAUUUCAACUAUGGCAGCUGCUGCUUUGGGAAAUCUUGUGUCAGAUUUAGCAGGACUUGGACUCGCAGGCUAUGUUGAAGCUUUAGCUUCCCGGUUAGGACUGUCAAUUCCUGACCUCACACCAAAGCAAGUGGAUAUGUGGCAAACACGUGUUAGUGCACAUUUGGGCAAAGCUGUUGGGGUAGCUAUUGGCUGCAUAUUAGGAAUGUUCCCUUUGUUUUUCUUUGGAGGAGGUGAAGAAGAUGAAAAACUGGAAGAGAAAAAUUAA